CCGCCGCCCUCACCGCCGCCGCCGCUGCUGCCACCGCCACCGCGCAACCAUGGGUAUCGACCUCGAAGCCGGCGGCCGCAACAAGAGGACCAAGCGCACGGCGCCCAAAUCCGACGAUGUCUACCUCAAGCUGCUCGUCAAGCUCUACCGCUUCCUGGUGCGGAGGACCAAGAGCCACUUCAACGCCGUGAUCCUGAAGCGCCUGUUCAUGAGCAAGACCAACCUCCCGCCGCUCUCGAUGCGCCGCCUCGUCAGGUUCAUGGACGGGAAGGGUGACCAGAUCGCUGUGAUCGUGGGCACCAUCACCGACGACAAGAGGGUCUACGAGGUGCCGGCGAUCAAGGUUGCUGCGCUCAGGUUCACCGAGACGGCCAGGGCUAGGAUUGUCAAUGCCGGUGGCGAGUGCCUCACAUUUGACCAGCUCGCCCUCCGUGCUCCGCUUGGACAGAACACGGUUCUCCUGAGGGGCCCCAAGAACGCCAGGGAAGCUGUUAGGCACUUUGGCAAAGCUCCGGGUGUACCACACAGCCACACCAAGCCAUAUGUUCGCUCAAAGGGCAGGAAGUUUGAGAAGGCAAGAGGAAGGAGGAACAGCAGGGGCUUCAAGGUUUAAGUUUGCAGUAUUGUGGGCACUCUUGUGUCAUAUUGCUCUUGUUACCUGUUAGUUAAUCAUCACUUUCUUGGGUGUCGGAAUCAUAUCUUUUAGAUAUCAGAAUCUUGUUGAAGAAUUUUCAGAACCAGUUAAGUUUUUGGUUCCUCCGAAAGAUUUAUGUUUGAAAGCCAGUUAUUAAUAUCAUUUUGUACUGUCA